GAAUGAAUUCAAUUUUAAACUUUUAUUUAAUUUUUACAAUUUAUUGUUUUUUAUCAGUCCAUGCAUUCUAUGAAGAUUCUGAAGAUUUUUCAUUUAUUUUGGAAAAAGAAAAAAUAUCAACACCAAUUCCUGUUGUGAUUUGGCAUGGAAUGGGUGAUUCUUGUUGUAACCCUCUAAGUAUGUAUUACAUCAAAAAAUUAAUACAAACAAAUAUUCCUGGAAUUUAUGUUAAAUCUGUAAUGCUUGGAAAUAAUGUAGUUGAAGAUGUUGAGAAAGGGUUUUUCUCUAAUAUGAAUGAACAAAUUAAUAUUGUUUGUGAAAUGUUGAAAGAAGAUGUGAACUUAUUGAAAGGAUAUAAUGCUAUUGGAUUUAGCCAAGGAGGGCUUUUUAUGCGUGCUAUAGCUCAGCGUUGUCCUUACCCUCCAAUGAGAAAUUUGAUAUCUGUAGGCGGUCCCCAACAAGGAGUUUUUGGACAUUUAUUGGAUUAUGGAGCUUAUGAAACGUUUAUUCAAAGAACUGAUCCAAAUAAAAGAAAAGAAUAUCAACGUAAAAAUAUUUUUCUGACAGAUUUAAAUUGUGAAACAACAUGUAAUUCUACUUACAAAAAUAAUUUAUUAAAAUUAAAGAAUUUUGUUUUAAUUAAAUUUUUAAAAGAUGAGAAAAUGCAACCUAAACAGACCUCUUGGUUUGGCUUUUAUGCUGAAAAUGACACAAAUACAAUUAUUCCAAUGGAGAAAACACGUCUUUAUCAGGAAGAUUUAAUUGGAUUAAAAACACUUGAGGAGAGUGGCCGUCUACAUUUUCUUUCAAUUAAUGGAGAACAUUUACAUCUUCCGCCCGGGGUGAGAAAUAAUUUUAAAUUAAUAUUUUAUAUUAAUUUUUAUAACCAUUUUUAA